UGGGAAUGACGUAAUGCGGCUACCCAUGAUGCUUAGCGCGGCCGAGCAGUAAGAUGGCGGACGCUAUGGCUGAGUAUGAGAGAGAUGCUGGAUGUGUUCCUGUUCUUCACCCUGAGGAGCUCAAGCCUCAGAGUCACUAUAAUCACGGUUACAGUGAGAACGUCAGCCGCAAGAAUCACGUGGACGACUAUAGCACCUGGGACAUUGUUAAAGCCACACAGUACGGUAUAUUUGAGCGGUGUCGGGAGCUGGUAGAAGCAGGGUAUGAUGUUCGUCAGCCUGAUAAAGAAAAUGUCACACUUUUACACUGGGCUGCUAUUAACAACCGCAUUGACUUGGUCAAAUACUACAUAUCGAAGGGUGCCAUCGUGGACCAGCUGGGAGGAGAUCUGAACUCCACACCACUGCACUGGGCCACCAGACAGGGUCAUCUCUCUAUGGUGGUUCAGCUGAUGAAACUGGGAGCGGAUCCAUCUUUGAUUGAUGGCGAGGGCUGCACCUGUGUCCACCUAGCAGCUCAGUUUGGCCACACCUCCAUUGUUGCGUAUCUCAUUGCGAAAGGACAGGAUGUUGAUAUGAUGGAUCAGAACGGAAUGACUCCUCUGAUGUGGGCAGCGUAUCGCACACACAGUGUGGACCCAACGCGUUUGUUGUUGACGUUUAAUGUUUCGGUGAAUUUGGGUGAUAAAUACCAUAAGAACACGGCACUGCACUGGGCAGUUCUCGCAGGAAACACCACUGUAAUCAGCCUGCUGCUGGAAGCUAACGCUAAUGUAGACGCACAGAACAUAAAGGGAGAGACGGCGCUGGACUUGGCCAAACAGAGGAAAAAUGUGUGGAUGAUAAAUCACUUACAGGAGGCGAGACAGGCAAAAGGCUAUGAUGCACCAUCGUACCUCAAACGCCUAAAAAUGGACAAGGAGUUCCGUCAGAAGUUGAUGUUGUUCACACCUUUUGUUGUGAUCUGGUUGGUGGGAUUUAUUGCUGAUCUGGACGUCGACUCGUGGCUCAUUAAGGGACUGAUGUAUGCGGCAGUUUGGAUCACCGUGCAGUUCCUCUCCAAGUCUUUCUUUGAUCACUCCAUGCACAGUACGCUUCCUCUGGGUAUUUAUUUGGCCACAAAGUUCUGGAUGUACAUCACUUGGUUCUACUGGUUCUGGAAUGAUCUUCCUUUCAUUUCCAUCCAUCUGCCCUUCCUGCUCAACAGUCUUGCACUCUUCUACAACUUUGGCAAAUCCUGGAAAUCUGAUCCAGGCAUUAUUAAAGCCUCAGAGGAACAGAAGAAGAAGACUAUAGUGGAGCUGGCCGAAUCGGGCAGCUUGGAUCUCAGUAUAUUCUGCAGCACCUGUUUAAUACGGAAGCCCAUCAGGUCCAAACACUGUGCCGUGUGUAACCGCUGCAUCGCCAAGUUUGAUCACCAUUGCCCCUGGGUGGGAAACUGUGUGGGAAGUGGAAAUCACCGCUACUUCAUGGGUUACCUGUUCUUCCUGCUGUGUAUGAUCUGCUGGAUGAUAUACGGCUGUGUCUGCUACUGGAGGCUGCACUGCUCCAGCAGCUAUAGCACAGAUGGAUUGUGGGUAUUUAUCACUCAGAUCUCGUCCUGCUCUCCCUGGAUGUUCUGGAUGUUCCUCAACAGUGUGUUCCACUUCAUGUGGGUCUCAGUGCUCAUCAUGUGUCAGCUUUACCAGAUUGCUGGUCUUGGCAUCACCACUAAUGAGCGGAUGAAUGCAAGACGCUACAAACACUUUAAAGUCACAGCGACGUCCAUCGAGAGUCCUUUCAAUCAUGGCUGUGUGAGGAACCUGAUUGAUUUCUUCGAGCUGCGCUGCUGUGGGCUGCUGAGGCCGACGCAUGUUGACUGGACCACUCAGUACACCAUCGAAUAUGACCAGACAUCUGGCUCGGGCUACCAGCUCGUCUAACACACAUACACACAGUAUGUUAGUGAAGAAGGAGGGGAGGAGCCUCAGCUUAUGGAAAGGGAGCAACGCCUCACUUCAGCUGGAACUGCUUCAUCACGAGACUACAGGACACACACACACACACAUUUGCCCACAUGGAGCAGUUCAGUUUGAUUGGUAGAUUCCUAGUUACAUUUCUGUCUUGUUUCAUCUCAUCACUGACUUUUUAAUCCUUUAGUGUGGGUGUGUGUGGGUGGGUGGGUGAUAAUAUUCCUUCUCUCAGCCCUGCCUCCACCGAUUCACUUAAGUGCAUAAUUUAAAGAAAAGCCCAGUGAUUGGCUGCUACAUUAAAGCCGUGAUAUGGGAAAGGGCUGGGUCACUCUGCAGCUCGCCGAACUCAACAUGAUAUCGAGCUGAUUAUUUACUCCAGCAGCCAAACAGAGGUGGUCUGAGAGAGUCAUGUGUUUGUCAGUACGAACUGGAUGCGGAUGUACGUGUGUUAUUGAUGAGCGCCACAGCAAGAUGGUUUUAUUCACAAUGUGACCAUAUUUAUUUUAAACCUAUUUAAUAUAACUGAUAUCAUGUGUUGUCUGUUUUCUUGUGUCUUCUAUUUUAAAGUGUGUGUGAGUGUGAGAGUGAGCGAGUUUUCACACUUAUUGUUGUUUAAAAUCUGUUUUAAAGUCAGUCAUUAUGAGGAACUGCGAUGAGGCUCCGCCCACUCUUUCAUGCACUGAUACAUUUUGCCCAUCGUUAACUGGUGACCUUCAGACAGAGCCGUUGCCUCAGUAACACUCCUCCAUUUCCUGUUUGAUCUUGGACUCUGAUGUAAAAAUGUAUAAAUAGAGCUGAGUUUCUGUCUGUGAGAUUCAUUUUUGUUAUUGUCAGUGUUAGUUAAAGCUGCUCCUCCGGUUGCAUUUUAUUUUUUACUUUAAACAGAAAAAGCCUGUAAUAUACGCUCUGUGUGUGAGAGAGAUAGAAAAGGCGUCUCGCUGCAUGAGCAACGCUCACACUAAACUCUGUACAGUGAAUGUUCAGUAUUUACAUGUGUCCUUUACUUUUUAUUGUUUUUUUUUUACAUUUCAGACAGUGUGUGCACGUUUGAGAGUGAGUGUGUAUUUGAGAGUGUGUAUGCCUGUGUGCACAUCAGCCCUGUGCAUUUGUGAUGUAUUUAAAUGUUUCAUAUUAAUCAGAUUUUUUGUUAUUUUUGCUGGACUUGUUUUUUCACUGGAUGUAAAAAAAAUGUAGAACAAAAUAUCAGUUACUGUAGAGAGCGAGUGUGUGUGCGUGCGUGUGUGUAAAUUACAAUAAUGAAUAUAUUGUCUCCUUGUCAUUUCCCUCAUUGUGUGUAAAAUCAUUUUCACCUCAAGCUUCAGCAUGACUUCAUUUUACCGGCUUUAAUUAAAAAAAAAAAAAGA